AUGUCGCAACGUGGCGCCAGGAUGACCGAUUUCGAGGAAAGGGACUUCUACCCUGCUCCUCGUCGGUCCAGCGCGCGCUUCGAAGAAUCUGACCGCCGUGCCUCGAGGGUCAUGACACGAAGCCCUCCCCGACGACAGGAGGAACUUGACGUGCGUUUCCGCGAGAGAGAGUCGGACCGCGGCAUCUCGUUCCUGCGAGAUGACGCUCGAAGGUCCGAGCCUGGACAAAUGGUCCUUCGUAAGCGGGACGUGGAAACCUGGGACGUCCACCGGAGCCCUAGUCCACCCCCCAGAGUGCGCGAGCAGCGCAUCGUCCACAGACCGAGAAGCGAGUCGCCGCGCUAUCGUGAAGUCGAGCGCGAGCGCUCAAGGACGAGGGUGACCAGGAGGAGGAGCCCUAGUCCGGCCGUGCGUUUUGUAGAGCGGCGGAGGAGCCCGAGCCCCGCUCUGAGAGAGCAUAUUCGCACGCGCAUAGUAGAGAGAGAGAAGGAGAGGGAGCCGAGUCCCAGUCCCAGUCCCAGUCCGCCGCCGGUGAUUCGGGGACCGACCAUUGAGAGGGAGGUUAUUACGCAUUACACUGACGUCGAUCAUGGCGUCGUUCGGGCAAGGCCUCCCUCACCACGACCGCCCACGCACCGCGAACGCGAAACCGACAUCGACAUCUCCCUGUCCAAGGGCAAAACCGGGGUCGACGUCGACAUCCGCCGCUCCACCAGCCGUCAUCGGAGCCGCAGCCGCGAACGCCGCUCCCACUACCACGACGACGAGCUCGUUGUCCGCGACGGCCUGGACCGUCUCCGCCUCGACGACGGGCGCCGCUCCCACCGCCGCUCCCGCUCCGCCGCGCCCGUGACGUCCCCCGUCGACGAGGAGGCCGAGUUCAUCACGGGCAAGAUUGAUUCGCGGGGCCGCAUGGGCGAAGCAUGGCACGGACACACCAAGGACUGGACCAUUGUCGACGUCCCCCCCGGCACAGAGAGGGUUCGCAUGGACGGCGUGGGCGGGGCCAGCACCGAGACAAACUGGUCCAAGUACAGCGGUGUGCGAAGGACGACAUUUAUCCCCGAGCGAGACGGACAGCUGGUCAGCGUGCCACGAGAGCCGUCUCCCCGCCCGGCGGCCGGCAGGGAGCACACCAGCGUCACCGUGUACGACCGCAACCGCGAGAUCGACGUCGACGUCGACAUUGACCGGCGAUCCGGCAAGCCGAAGCUCGCGCCGCCUCCCACGCGCGACAUGUGGACGGAGAUCACCAAAGACCUGGUCUGCAGGGAGGCGAUUGAGCAGAUGGGAUACGCGUACGAGGAGACCAAGUGGUUCUUUUACAUUAUGGAGUAUCUGUCAUAUGACGAGGUCCUCCAGCUCACAGAGCUGACGGAACGGAUCCGACGCCACCGCCGUUACUACAAGGAGGUUGGGUGGGAGCGUGACCACCGAGACGACUGGCAUCGGUACCGGCGCCACCGUCGUCCUCACUACGAGUGGGAUGACGAGCGCGUCAGGGAGCGCGAGGUGAUUUAUGACAGCCGUGGGCCGGCGAGGGGAUACUUUCGCUAG